CAUGGUUUGAGGCCAACAGUGAGCCUGCUAUUUCUAAUCAAGCAAGGAAGUACACAUGUGGAUGAGCGCUAUUAUCUAUAUAUACUUCUGAACGUGAUAUGUGGGGCACAAUCAUUUGAACACUUGUGUACUGUAAAUGGUAUAGAACAUGUAACAUUCAAGAAUGUAUAUCAAGCAAUGGGACUUCUUCAAGAUGACUUAGAACUAGAUCAGUGCCUUAAGGAAGCAUCAAUGAUACAAACUAAACAACAAUUACAGUAUCUAUUCGUUAUUAUUCUGAUCAACUGCCAUCCAACAAAACCUGAAAAUCUUUGGAAAAACCACAAAAUUGCACUUUGUAAUGACAUACUAUAUCAAGCACAGCAGCAGACACAAAAUCCAGUUCUUCAGUUAUCAAGAGACAAUAUCGAGAACCAAACAUUAUGUCUCUUAAAUGACAUUCUAAAGAAAUGGGAAAAAACUUUAAACGACUUCCCUAAUAUGCCAGUCCCCACUAUGUACAAUAAUGUAAGCAAUUCUCUGAUAGCCAAGAAGCUAAACUAUGAUCAACUAGCACUUACGAAGAAAAUAGCCCUAGCAGUUGCCUCCUCUGGAAUUGCUGCAUUACUACUUAAUAAUGGCCAAACAGUGCAUUCACGUUUUAAAAUUUCUAUUAAACUCAAUGAGGAUUCCAUAUGCAACAUAUCAGUACAAUCCAAUCUUGCUGAACUUCUCAAACAAAUGAUACUCAUUAUUUGGGACGAAGCUUCCAUGAUGUACCGAUAUGUAUUCGAAGCCAUAGACAUACUUUGCAUAACAUUAUGA